UCCUCCCGCGUGUCCUUUUGGGUUGCCAUGGCCUGCCCAGUGCUCCUUCCCGUCCUUGGUGUGGUGGCGGCCGUUUACACGGCCAGCCUGGCCUUCGUUGGCACACCACAGCAGCAGCUUCGCACCAGCCGAGUGCCUUGCCGUGUGAGCGCUGAGUACUUGGAGCGCUGCGGGCCAAAGGACUCUGACGUGCCCUUUGAUCCUGCUCAGGCCAGUGACCUGGAGCCGCAGUUGAGUUCAAGAAGCGACCUUUCGGUAUCCUGCGCUGGGUGCCAUGGCAAUGGAGAUCAUCCCCAAGUCAAGAUAUCCUGAUGACCCUCAGGGCCAGGCCUUUGCUUCCGGUGUGCAGAGUGGUUGGGUGGUGACCUCCAUCAAUGGCCAGAACGUGCAGAACGAGGAUUUCGGCAAGAUCAUGGACUUGCUUGACGAUGAAGUGGCAGACCCCCGCUUCUCCAAGUCAACUGCUUUGGCGUUGGAGAAGCAGGGAGGACGCCUUGCGGAGCCAGCAGCAGCACCAUUGCAGGUCCAGUUCAACUCCAUCCCAGGCUACGUUUACAAGGGUGCGCAACUGAAGGAGGAUGGCCAGGAUGGCUUCGCUCGCUGAGCUCUGAGGGGGCAUAUCACGAAAGCUAGCACCAGCUAGCUGGAGUUGUCCUUGCUUUAGCAAGUGAGGGGCUGGAAUCCUCGAGAUCGCCGCAUCACGUG